CGGUUAUUUGCAACUUUUUACUGGCAAUGCUGCAACGUAACGGUGCUUUUCCAGUUUUGCAUCAGUUUGUUAAUUGCUCUAAUAAAAAAUAUGAGUCUGCAAGACGAAAGCUUUCCCACCGACGAACUGUUUGACAAACUAAACGCCACCACAGCCAGCGAUGGCAAAAGUCCUAGUUUUCAGCGCCAAUAUAGCUUGUGCUUGGGUCUCGAUGUGGCCGAUAACAUUGAGCGCCAAGCGUCGCCAUUUUUAAACAGCGACUGCUCAGAAAAAACGUGCGCCAGCGAUCCACUCGGCAUGGAGCACACUGAAAGCGGUGCUAAGCGUAACAACAAUGGGGUUACCGAUGCGCACCUACAGUUGGGCAGUGGGCGCAGCAAUAAAGCAAUUUCCUAUCAGGAUAUCCACACGGCAUACACGAAGCGAACGUACAAGCACGUGACGAGUAAAGUGAGCAAAUACAUUGCGGACAUACACGAUCAGGAAAAACAACGUCGCAAUUCAGCUGGCUCAUUUCAAAGGCAUCGCUCGAUGCCCGAAUCUCUGACGCCCCGAGGUGGCACUGACGAUCAGCAAAAAAUAGAUCAUUCGCUCUCGUUGGCCAACAGCAGCAGCACAGAUACACAGAUACGUGAUGAGAGCUACGAACGUUUAAUCAGCGAAAAAGAUCACUUGCAGUCGUACAAUGAUUAUCUAGAGAGCAGGCUCUACAAGAAAAUCAACGAUAAUCUUGUCUUACGCAAGAACUUUGAGGUCAUACGGACGGAAUUAACCGAUUGUAAGGACAAGUUAAAACGUCAAGCAGUUGGCCCAGCAGCUGCCCAUUCGCUGCGAUCCCUCAUGUAUUGUCCACCCAAUGAGAGCGUCGCCACACAAACUGAUUUGCCAGCACUCUCCCACUUAUCCAACAUUUCGAAUAUGCCCGCUAUAGCGGCUAAUGCAACACCGCAUCCCGUUACAAAUCUGAAUGACAUCACAUAUGAUAGCAGCGUCGGUUCUAUUGAGAUACCGCUGCUCAGCGUACAGCCGGCCGGUCACCAGCUAAAACUGACCAAAUCGGUGAAGAAGAGCGGAAUCAUAAAGCGUCUUUCUCUAAACUUUAGCAGCGAUAGCGCCGAUGUUGAUGCCAAGGGGCAAGCUUUAACUGGUCUUGAAGUUGGCGUUAACAUGCAACCAACUGGCUCAAAUGACAUCCCCACAAACCACUCGCGUAGCAGCCAUCCUAGCAGCAAUGACUCGGCCAUUGAGAUUGAGGGUAACGAGCUGCGUUCGCCGCACCAAGCCAAUUUUGGACCUGGAGUGGACAUGCGGGAGUGGGAACAGCGCCGGGGAUUGAUUUACUUUGACAAGCACAGGAAUCGGGUCUUUGAGCUAGUGCCACUCAAUCAGCACGAGUCGAGCAACAGCAGCUCAAUCAACCAGAGUCAGUUCAGCAUGCUACAGUACACGGCCAAUACGAACUUUGGCCAAAGGAAGAAAUCCCUGGCUACUCGUAUGUUACGUCUGUUGGGACCCUGUGCCCGUUGCGACGAUCCCAAUCAGAUCGAUACCAGCACAGCCACAUAUACAGUGGGUAUACCGCUGUUGGCCAAUGAGUCAGGACGUUGAAUUUUCAUUAUUUAUUGUAUUUUUAUGUUUGCGCAGGCGUUUUUCUUUUCUUCCUCUUCUGUUUUAACUAUUUGCCAAAUGCAUUAGUGUAUUUUUAUGUUUUAGUCAACAUUUGUAAUUAUGUAUGCCGUAUACUCAAUAAUUUCCAUGUAAUGUAAUAAUUUUUUUCUGUAUGCAUUUUUAGUUGUAACUAAGUGUCAGUUUAUCAAUUGUAUCAUUCAUAAUUAUUAAAAUUGAAUUGCAUGCUUAAAUUUGGCGGCAUUCGGCAAACAAAGCUAUCGAUAGGCAACGCUGAAGUCGAACAAUAUACGAUAUGCCAAUGUCGGCAACACUGUUCCCAUCAGCUGGUCGCCAUUUGUCGCCGUCGUCGAAUUGUCAAAAGAUUGCAAUGGCCUGCCAGGCAUAGACUAAGUAACUUGAUCAAUGGUCGCAUUUAAAUUAAAUGGUACGGAAAGUUCGAGAGACAAACAAAAUAAGUCCCGCUGAUAUUCGCCAGAAAAAACAUCGCUCUGCAGAGGCGAGUGACAGCGGGAGCGGCAGCAACAGAGACGAAGCCAAACGGAAUCAAAAUUGACUGAAAAAUAAAAAAAA